GGGGGUGGAUCCAUCAUGGCGUCUAUGCAGAAACGAUUACAAAAAGAACUAUUGGCAUUGCAAAAUGAUCCACCUCCAGGAAUGACUCUAAAUGAAAAGAGUGUACAAAAUUCAAUUACACAAAAGAGAAACGCAGAGGAAUGUUCUACGUUCUAUCAAUCGAAAUGAACAGAAGUUGUUCCUGCUAUUAAAUGAAAGUUUCCAGCAGAUGAAGAGAUGGAAAAGGGGAAGAAUCUGUGUGUUUUUCUCCUGUUUGUGGAUUUCCACGACUCUUAGGAUGCCUGUGUUCCAAGAGUGGAUUGUGGACAUGGAAGGUGCUCCAGGAACACUAUAUGAAGGGGAGAAAUUUCAGCUUCUAUUUAAGUUUAGUAGUCGGUAUCCUUUUGAUUCGCCUCAGGUCAUGUUUACUGGAGACAAUAUUCCUGUUCAUCCUCAUGUUUAUAGCAAUGGUCAUAUCUGUUUAUCCAUUCUAACAGAAGACUGGUCUCCAGCACUCUCAGUGCAAUCUGUUUGUCUUAGCAUUAUUAGCAUGCUUUCCAGCUGCAAAGAAAAGAGGCGACCUCCAGAUAACUCAUUUUAUGUAAGAACGUGUAACAAGAACCCAAAGAAAACAAAAUGGUGGUAUCAUGAUGACACAUGUUGAUGCCACCAUUUUGUGAUCCUCGUAGCAGAAGAUAGUCCUACUGAGAAAAUGAGCACUUUGAUCAUUCAGUCUUUGAACUUUAACCUUUGACUGGAAGUGACCUAUAGGCAAUGAAGACUACUUCCUUUGACUGCAUUUUUACUCCUGUGCAUUCUGGGCGCAUGUUGAUCGCUGGUUCAGUCCAUGCAACUGACAUGCUUUUAUUAGUCAUACAGUAUUAAUGCAGGUGUCCAGAAAUGUCAGAAUAAUUCCAUUAUUUUUAUUUUAAGCUUUUGGAAGAAUUCCAGGUCUUCAUAUCUUGUGCAAUAACACUGAGCUCCUUGACGGUUUUGGUGCAUCCAUUGCCGGCAAUGGACAUUGUACCAGGGAAGGUUUUGCUCCUGCCACAAAAAAAAAAAAAAGAUUGAUGCAUGACAGAGCUUAUGAAAGUUUCAGACAUGUUUGGAUUAUAAACAAGGGAUCUACCAUUACCUUAAAAGCCACCCCAUUCUUUUGUAUUUGGAUUCUAUGCACUGUGAUCACAAAACUAGCAGCAUGAGUUAACAUGCAUAGCUGAAGGUCUGUAAUAAGAUCAUUGCAUACUUAUGAAAUUGUUUAUCUGCUGUCAAAUUGUUUUGACAUGGAAGGUUUUUCAAGUGACAUUGGCAGAGAGGUACAAUGUUAUCCCUAUGGUGAAAUAAAACUACUUUUUGUAUAUAGUUUAUUCAUAUCUCUGAAGCAAAGGUAUGAGUAAUUUAGGGUAUGAGUGAUUUAAUCAAGAAUUUAUUUUGGAGAUAGAAGAGGAUGGCAGUGAUGUAACUGAACUUGCUGCAGUCCAUAACUGGGCUUGUAAUUUGUACUUUAGAGCUUUUUCCAAAUAGAUUGCACACUGUUAUUUCCUGCUAGCCAUCAGCAUGAGCCCUACUGCCUACACCAAUAUUUCAUUUAUUUAUGUAUUUGAAAGCAAUUCAUAUAACAUUUUUUGUUUGCAUUCAUUGUUUUUUUUGUUGUAUGUCAUGUUUGAAUGUUACAAAACAAUAUUUUGAUUGAAAAGCUUUGUCAGAAGAUAUUUUCAUGUAAAUUAUUUCUUUAUCUUGUAAACAUCGUCUUGUCUUUUAAUCUGUACUAUAAAAAGAAAAAAAAUACAUUUUUGACAGAGGCUUAAUGUUUUGACAAAAAAGUGUGGACCUUCUUAUUUAAGCUUAGACUAAAGUAUAUUUUCUUAACUUGCUUGUCCCAUGCAGCCAUACCAGGUUUGUUGUUUUGUUUUUUUUUUUUUUCCUAGGCUUUUACUUCACAAAAAAGGGGAAAAAGCCUAAAAUCAGAUUGACAUUUUUCUAUGGAGCAACAUUUAUUGAAAUGAUAGUUGUUCUCACCACUCUGUAAUAUUUUGAUACUGCAAUUAGGUUGUCUUUUUAGGAAGCACUUUUAUAAACUUAAUACCUUUACACAUAUGCAAAAUUUCUAUGAUUUUUUUUUUACUGUUGCCUUAUUGUUGCACUCAAAAAACAAAAGUCAAGUGGUUAAUGCAUGAAUGUCAAAAUCAAAUAACUACUUGAUAUAAAAACAAACAAAAGAAAAAAAAUUAAAAAAACAACCCAAAACAACCCAGAGUGACUAACCAUAAAAACAGAAAAUUGGCUGAAAAUACUGAUGAUUUUUUUUUUCUUACUGCUGUAUGAUAACUGACGAGUUUUAUAGCCUUGUACAUACUUCUCUGUUACCUAAUGUUUAAAACAUUUUUAAAAAGUGAGAUGCUAACUCAGGGUGGACAGAGUUCAGAUGGAUUUGCUUCAGAGAAGUAUUUUGUACAGCAACUGAAUUAUGGGUAUUGCCAGUGAAGUGAGGCUACAAUAUACUUCAGGAACUGCUGUUUUUUCUACUGUAUUGAAAAAAUCUCUUGGCCUUUAAAACUCAAUGGUAAAAAUCUAGCUUUGCAUAUAAAUUUGAUGCGUGUAUUAUACUUUCACAAUAAGCCUUUAAAACAUAGAGUUCAGUUUCUUUUAAGAGCCAAAAAUAAUUUUAAGCAAAUGAAAUAGUUCUGCUUCUAACUGUUUGUUUAGCAAAAUGUUGUUGUGAGUUAAUCAGACUGGUUAUUUUUGGAUACGGUGCAUAUGAAACAGCAGUAGUCUGAUUCUUAAUCUGUAUAUUCAUGUCAACUGCUCUGUAUUGAUUGAAAGGAUUGACACAUUUUGAGAAAUUCAUGUGUGAAUGGUUCACGUAACGGAUUCUAUCAAAUAGUCCACAGGAAAGAGACCUUUUUGUGCCACAAGGUAAUGUCUCUGAAGAAACAGUUCAAGUACAUCUUCUCAGAUUCAUGUAGCUUUUCAUACAGUGGCUUGCCAUACUACAGUACAUGGUUUCAGAGAAGCUUUAUGACAUACUGUAUAUAUUUGUUGAAGAUGUGCAUUGUAGUGGAAAGCAUUAUAUGUUUUAUUGACCUGUGCUGUCACAUGGACUACAGUAAAUUUAAAUAACCAAAUCUAUGCUGCUCUGUAAUACUCUCCCGGCCCCCAAUAUACUUACUUAAAAAAAAGGCAAGGUAGAUUAGAAGAGAAUGUACCUCAGGUCUUUUAGUUUACAGUAGAAAUGCCUCCAUUGAUUCUCUUGUAGAUCUGUGGUUAAAUUCACCUAUAUAGAGAGGGCCAAGACAAAGCCUAUAUACCACUCAGGCCCUCAAAGUAAUGCAACUAUUCUGACAAUGCUACGGUGCCCUGAAAUAAGGCUGAAUUAGAUGAAGGUGGUGCCAUCCUUUCCAUAGGGUGACCCUGUGUAUGUAACUUUUCUUUCACUUGGAAUUUCUCACGUGAAAUGAUUACCGAAUUGGUUUGAUAUGAUCUUACUUUUAUUUUGUGUCAAUGUUCAUGUUGUUAAACACUUUGUUUUGUGUUUAGUGUCUUUAUACUAUAACACAAUAAAUUCUUGUUUUAAAAUAGA